GGGCGCGAUGAGGGCGGCGGGGCGGCGGCGGCGGGGCGGCGGGGCGGGGCGGGGGCUCCGCCGGGCUCUCUAGGACGCCGGCGCCCCGCACACCCACCAUGGAUCUGCUGCUGUUGGUGAACACGAGCCUGGGCUCCGCCAACGAGUCCCUGGCGCUGCCCCCCGCCUCGCCGUCCUCCUCGGCCCUCCUGCAGCCGCCCUCCCCCUACUCGCCGGCGGCCGUGGCCAGCCUCGCGGCGGUGGUGGGCUUCCUCAUCGUCUUCACCAUCGUGGGCAACGUGCUGGUGGUGAUAGCCGUGCUCACCAGCCGGGCGCUGAGAGCCCCCCAGAACCUCUUCCUGGUGUCCCUGGCCAGCGCGGACAUCCUGGUGGCUACCCUGGUCAUGCCUUUCUCCUUAGCCAACGAGCUUAUGAAUUACUGGUACUUCGGCAAGGCUUGGUGCAACAUUUACCUGGCGCUGGACGUGCUGUUCUGUACCUCGUCCAUCGUCCACCUGUGCGCCAUCAGCCUCGACAGGUAUUGGUCAGUCACACAAGCGGUGGAGUACAACCUCAAGCGGACCCCGCGGCGGAUCAAGGCCAUCAUCCUCACCGUGUGGCUCAUUUCAGCCAUCAUCUCCUUCCCGCCAUUGAUCUCCGUGUACCGGGACCCUGAAGGAGAUGUCUUUCCCCAGUGCAAGCUCAAUGACGAGACAUGGUACAUCCUUUCUUCUUGCAUUGGCUCUUUCUUUGCCCCCUGCCUCAUCAUGGUGUUGGUCUAUAUCCGCAUCUACCGUGUGGCCAAGCUAAGGACCAGGACCCUCUCUGAGAAGCGGACGAUGCCAGAGGGGUCCUCCCAGACUGAGAACGGCUUGAGCCGCGCCGCUGGCGGCUGCACAUCCCUGAGGAUGCAGCUGGGAGAGAACGGACAUUAUUCAGCGCACCACUGGCGCAAAGCCUCUGAGCUGGAGGACAUUGAGCUGGAGGAGAGCAGCACCUCAGAGAGCAGGCGGAGGCGGAGCCGGGAGGAGCAUCGCCGCAAAAGCAAGAGCCAGUCCUUCUCCUACUCGUACUCCUCCAAGCACUCCAGCAGCCGCCUGUCCCGUGCGAGCAAUCGCUCCAUGCAGUUCUUCUCGUACCGCCGUCGCCGGAAGCGUAGCAGCAUCUGCCGUAAGAAAGUCGCCCAGGCCCGGGAGAAACGCUUCACUUUUGUGCUGGCUGUGGUCAUGGGGGUCUUUGUAGUUUGCUGGUUCCCUUUUUUCUUCACCUACAGCCUCUAUGGUAUUUGCCGGGAGGCAUGUGAGGUCCCCGAGACUCUCUUCAAGUUCUUCUUCUGGAUUGGGUAUUGCAAUAGCUCCCUCAACCCAGUCAUCUACACCAUCUUCAACCAGGACUUCCGCAGGUCCUUUAAACACAUUCUUUUUAAGAAGAAGAAGAAGAACUUCCGGCAUUGAGCUGGAGGGAUGGAUUUGCCUUGAGCAGGAGUAGAGUUAAAAGAGAAGGCUCAAUGCUGGAAGAGAAGGGAGGGAAGAGAACGCGGGGCUUGGGCUUAGGGAGCAGGAGGAGGGCUCGCCCCUCGGGCAGCAGGGUGAUGCUGUGGGGAGCAGGGAUGGUGUCAGGAGGCUGAGGGCACUCACCAUGGUGCAGAAUGGUGACAUGGUGCUGGGGGAGCAGGGAUGGUGUCAGGACUCACCAUGGUGCAGAAUGGUGACAUGGUGCUGUGGGGAGCAGGGAUGGUGUCAGGAGGCUGAGGGCACUCACCAUGGUGCAGAAUGGUGACAUGGUGCUGUGGGGAGCAGGGAUGGUGUCAGGACUCACCAUGGUGCAGAAUGGUGACAUGGUGCUGGGGGAGCAGUGCUGGAUGUGGAGGGGUAAAGGGGGAGGGAGUGAUUGUCUUUGAAUCCCAACAGAGGGCACAGGGAGCCCGCAGAGGAAAGGCUGAGACACUGAGUUUGGGAGGCAGUGAGAUUUCAUGGGCUCUGGAAUUUUGUGGGAAAACAAAAAAAGGCAUCUAAAGGAAAGGGUUAAGUGGUGGUGGAGAUUUGAGUGCUUAUAAACAGGGCAGCUGGGGCCUAUGGUGGAUUUGCCCCAGUAAGAAAUUGGCUUUUACUGUUUAUGUGGGAAAGGAGAGUGCAAAGUACCAGGCACUGACAGUGUUUUGAGUUAUGAAAGGAUUUUAAUGUUUGCCAAAAAAACCCUAAAGAACAAUCCAAACUCUUUUCUAAAUAAACCUUUGUACUGUUAAAA